UCUUCUGUCCACCAGACAGCUCUGCCAAGCAGAGGAGAGAAGUACAGACGGCCAAAUAGACGGCCAUCACUUCGAGUGCAAGCGUACAAACUACGCAGAAUCAAAUCGGUCUGUAGCUCUUCACAGGAGGUGACGAGCUUUUUGAUACCAAUCGUCUUGGCAACCGUUAAGACGCAAUGGUCAUUUCAGCAUCUGCGUGGAGCUGACGACACGUAUGGGCGACAAACACACCCCACAACGGCCGGUAGACACGAGACGAGCCGCCUGGUUUGUGAUGGACAAUCUGUUUUCGCCGUCAACGCAGAGCAUCUCGCCGGCGACCGUUCAACUGCCGGUGCUGUGCUGGAAUCUGCUGAAUCCGGUGGGCCGGAUUCGAAGCGCUCGCUACGACAAUUUUUAGGUUUUGACCCAGCUCGACUGUUGUGUGACGAUGACACGAGUGGAAAUGAGGCGCGAAAUUCCUGUCCUAUGGCUCCCAACUGA